CAAAUUGCUCAUUAUCGCAUAGAUUAGGGAUUAUACUCGCCGGAGAGAUGUCGUAUUUGCUUCCGCACUUGCACUCCGGAUGGGCCGUCGAUCAGGCCAUCUUGGCCGAAGAAGAGCGUCUCGUUCUCAUCCGAUUUGGUCACGACUGGGAUGACACCUGUAUGCAGAUGGAUGAAGUUUUGGCUUCAGUUGCUGAGACAAUUAAGAAUUUUGCUGUCAUAUACCUUGUGAACAUCACAGAAGUACCCGAUUUCAACACGAUGUACGAACUCUAUGAUCCAUCCACGAUCAUGUUCUUCUUUCGGAACAAGCACAUAAUGAUUGAUCUUGGAACCGGGAACAACAAUAAAAUCAACUGGGCGCUUAAAGAUAAGCAGGAGUUCGUCGACAUUGUUGAGACUGUGUACCGUGGGGCAAGGAAGGGCCGCGGUUUGGUUAUUGCACCUAAAGAUUACUCCACCAAGUACCGCUACUAAGUGUAUAGGUAAGUUAUUAUUCGUGUGAUUCUGUUGAAAACUAUGCUACGAAAUUAUUAAAGUGCAAUGUGCUUGUUAACACAGGUUUAUUGUGGUAUUACUGCCUCUAUUUUAUUCUA